CUAAUUUACAUAUAUAUACUCUCCAAAUUCUUAUUAACAUAUUCAAGCUCUCAUCUACAUUCUUUCUUCUCCUCUUCUAUUUUAUUUUACUUCAUUUUCAUCCCUUAGAUAAGGGAGAUAGUAUUCAAUUAAUUCUUCAAGAAUUACAAAAAUGAAAGACGUUAUUGGAAACCCUCUACGCCUAAAAUCAGUGAAUCAUAUCUCCCUUAUCUGUAAAUCAGUUGAUGAAUCUAUCAACUUCUACCAAAAUAUUCUUGGAUUCAUUCCCAUUAGAAGGCCUGGAUCAUUUGAUUUUAAUGGAGCAUGGCUAUUUGGCUAUGGAAUUGGAAUUCACCUUCUUCAGACAAUGGAUCCUGAAAGUAUUCCAAAGAAGAAGGAAAUUAAUCCAAAAGAUAAUCAUUUAUCAUUCCAGUGCGAAAGUAUGGGAACAGUACAAAAAUGUUUGGAGGAGAUGAAGAUUGAUUAUGCUCGUGCGUUGGUGGAAGAAAAUGGAGUUAAAGUUGAUCAAUUAUUUUUUCAUGAUCCAGAUGGUUUCAUGAUUGAGAUAUGCAAUUGUGAUAAUCUUCCCGUUAUUCCAUUAGCUGGUGACAUGAUUAGAUCAUGCUCUAGACUCAAUCAUGACAUUAUGCAACAACAGAUACAAGUUGUCAACCAUAUUUGAGAUCAUGAGAACUUUGAGGUGGGGAAUUAGAAAGACAAGUUAAUUAAAUAUCAAUGUUAUGUUAUGUAUGAGCGUGAGCCUUUCUUUUUUAGUUUAUACAUAUGUAUGUAUGUAUUAUAUCUCUUAAUUUGUACUUUCUUAUGGAUGUACUAGAUUCCUUUGCAAAAGCAAGGAAUUAUAUAUAAUAUAUAUUUAUGUAA